CGGCAAGAAAUCCACAGCGCGAGCGGUAAUUACCAGCGUCCAUUCCCACAGCUGGACCUCCUCGAUGCCACAAUGACAGACUUCGAGUGGCCUUGGCAAUAUAAUUUUCCUCCCUUUUUUACACUUCAACCCAAUUCAGAUGUGAGGAAGAUCCAGCUGGAUGCCUGGUGUGCGCUGGUCCUCAGUUGGGGGAAGAGCAACAAUGUCAGUCAGAUUGAUGUGACAGAGGCCUCUAGCUUGCCUGUCUUCAGGAACUCUGCCAUCAGUCGUGCUUUACCAGCUGAUGCUAUUGCAGUUGUUUUAGAAGAACUUGCAAAGCGAGGAAAUCUCGAGUGGACAGAUAAAUCGAAAAGGAGGGGUUACCUAUUCUGGAGAAGCCCCGCAGAAUGGGGACAACAAAUCUACUCCUGGGCACAAUCAACGAGCCGUAUCAACACGGUCAGCACACUCUAUGAAAUCAACCAGGGUGAUGAAACUGCAAGUGAAGAAUUCCAUGGCUUGGACAGCGAUAUAUUGAUGAAAGCAUUCAAGGCUUUAGAAGCCUCUGGGAAAAUAGAAAUAAUGGACUUUGGUGACAAUCAAGGAGUCAAAUUCCUGUGAGCCUUUAUCAGAUUAAAUGCAUCCUUUCUGCCAGAUCUGGAACCAGCGUCACGGAAGAGGAAGAAUUGCUGUGCGAUCUUUGUUGUUUUAAUUGAAGUUGUGCGGGAAUAUUCUAAGGCAUUUUUAAAGUCUUACUUGGUGAUCAUUCUGUUUUUUAUUUUUCCAUUACACAGGAAUUUCAAAGGCUGAUAUUCGGUUAGAAAGUGAACACACAGGAUGCACAACCUUUUUACAAUCAUGUUUUUUUUUUUUUUUUUAAUGAUUAUUCAAUGUUUAUAAAGAGAUUGAUGUAGAAAACCUCAUGCUACUUACAUAAAUGGUCACAUUGUUAUGAGAAAAUCAAUGUGAUACAGUAACAAGGAAUAACAUGUGUAUAAUUUAUAAACAAGGCCUUAGUUUAUUUAACUUUAAAAUGCCAGUAUAUAAUUGUGUUAAAAUAUGAAUCUUAUUACAGACAGUGAAUAGCUGUUUUUAAUUGUCAAUUUCCGUAGGUCCUCUGAUAUACAGACAGAAAUAUUAUGUAAUACAUUAAACUGAUAAUGAAUAUACUAAAGCUCUGGAAAAUGGUUACAGUUAUGAUGAAAAACACAGCAAAGUGUAACGUAGUAUUAGACAUGACACAAGCCGUCCCUGUAGGAAAUUGUAGUGUGUUUGAUUUAAUGCUGUACAGAGCUGGUAUGAAUAGGAAUCAUAGUAGUAAACUCAAAAUGACAAUUGCAGACAGGAAGGAUAAAGUUAAUCAGAUUGCAAAAUGACAGUAGAUCAAUCUUUAAAAAAAAAAAAAAAAAAAAAGGUGAUUUUAAAAAAGAGAAGUUUAUUGUUUAGAAGGCCUCGAUUGUUUCCUGAUGGAUUUUACUUAGAAUAUAUUCAGGGAGCAUUUGUGAUGCAAGAAACAGUGUCUAGAUAGAGUAAGGUAAAAGUGAUUAUUCUCACAUGCAUUUGUAGGUGUAACAGCAAAGAUUGUGUGCUUAUAUUAUACAUGUAAUAAUUUUAAUGUAAAAGUAUGAUACACUGUUAUACUUUCUUUAUGGUAAUCCAAGUCUUGAAUAUGGAAGUUUGGAUAUAAAGUGUAUUUAUAAUUUUUCUAAUCUUGAAAUAGGUAAAGGAAGGAAUUUAAAACAAUAUGGGAAUCAUUUUAUUGCUGCAUAAUUUUUAUUAAUGGGGCAAAAUUUGUUAAUUAAUAGAUUGCUAAUUGGUCAGCAUAUUACGUCAUGGUUAAUGAAAGAAUUAGCGUUUAGAAAUUUCCCCAGUCAGUUGGGGAAAAUUAUACUUAGUUUAAUAAAAUUACAAUUGAUAUAUUUCUGACUUGGAAUUAAUGAUAAUCAGUAAUUAAUAAUGAUAAUGAUAAAUCAAAUAAUCAUAGAAUAACGGUAAUCUGCUAGUCAUUCUGGGCAAUAAAUUUUUAAACAAGAUUUGCCUCCAGAUCAGAUAAGGCAAAUCUUAUUUGUGAAAAUUCAAAAAAAGGAUUUAAUUAUGCAAUGUAUUUCAUGCUUCCAAUUUUCAAUUAAAAUACAAGUUUGAGAAGGAAAAAUGGUAAGCAGUGAAUUAAAAUGUAUUUACUAAACAUGUAUUGUAUAAGACUGUUUUUUUUAUAUAUAAUCCCUUUUAACAAUGUCCCUUCACCAUGUUCUUUCAUUAGUCCGUUUAUACUUUUCGUCUUGAUUAAAUAUUUAUGGAUAAUAAAAGUUACAAAGUGCUACUUUCAAUUUAUUAUAUUAAAAAGAAAAAACAUAAUAAAUGCAUAACUGAGAAUAUGUCGCGCGAGAUUAAUUAUGAAGUUCAGUGUUUACAUCUUUUUUGCCGUUCAGAAUUUGACAACCGACAUCUUAUAAGCCAAUGUUUUUAGCAAACAAUGUACGGAUUCAUGGUCUUGACCACGGUUACCUUAAGGGAAACUUCAUAGAAAAAGCAAUGUUAAUGAAGAACCUUGUUAAAGAAUUUAAUCUGUAAUAUACAAUCAACAUGAUACAAAAAGUAUAAAAGUAUAAAAUUUUCCAACAAUGUCAAGACUGUGAUAAUUUUCCCCGUCAGGUCUAUCCCUUUUUCUUUUGCAUUUCUUUUGCUUUUUUUUAUAGGUAUAUAAUCUUAUUCUAUGUUAUGUCAGUGAAGCUUAUCAUAAUUAACAUGAAAUAUUUAUACGUCUUUCUUAUGAACAAGAACGUCGUUCCAAAACACACACAGUUAACCGCAACUUGAUAAUUUGUUAUUCUCAUUGACAUAAUGACUUGCAGCCUAGCUAAAGAACAAUGCUGAUGAGUAUCCUGUGCAAUGGCAGUGCAAUACACAGCUACUAACUGAUGUGUUUGGUAACCUUCUAGCUUUCUAACCUGCCUCGUCUAUCACUAUGCAUAGCUGUAAGUGAUGAUUUGUCUUGCAAAAUACUCUUCACUGCUCUACCACUUUGCAUUUAUUUUGUGUUUAUACAGUAUGCGGAUUAUGGUCGAUGUAUUUUACUAAAGCACCUCAAAGUGUUAAAACUGUAAAAAGUGCUCUUGGAGAAAUUCUAUAAAGAAAAAAAAAAAAAAAAUUAACAGCUGAUAAAUACAAGAUCUGUGAAGUAUUUCAUUGUACAUACAUCCAUAGA